CAUUUGCUUGCCCAUCCCCCAUUUUCUCCUUCUUCCCCACCAAUUCAAACCGAGAUAACAUUAUAAAAUACCGCAACUACUACUCCACACAAGGCGUUAGAUUUGGGAGAGGGGUCCGUAUAUAUAGCCUCCUCUCUCCUCUCGCCUCCUCGCCUAGCCAUUCCUCUCCAUCUCUCUUCCGGUGUCCAGCCUCCCGUGUCAUCGCGGAUCGAUCCGAGCUUCGGUUGGGCGGGUGCGCCGAUUGAUGCGCGUGAGGCAAUGGCGGUCUCCUCGCCUUCUUCCGCUCCGGAGAAGAAGAGGAAGUGGCUCCUCAGCAACAGGAAGGUGAUCGACAGGUACCUUCGGGAGGCGCGGGCGAUUCUCGCCGCGGCGCCGGAAUCCGGCGGCGGGGACGCCGUGGCGGCGCUCGGCCUCAUCGACGCCGCGCUGGACCUGUCGCCGCGGAUGGAGGCCGCGCUCGAGCUGCGGGCGCGGGCGCUCCUCGCGCUGCGGCGGUACCGCGAGGUCGCGGAGAUGCUCCGUGACUACAUUCCCAGCUGCGGCAAAUCCUGCUCCGGCGAGGAUGCCUCCUCGUCGUCGUCCUUGUCCUCCUCCAGCUCCGGUGACCUUGGCACAAUCUCCCGUGCCAAGCUCCUCUCCCCCGAGCGCCACCGCUCCGACGCGGCCGAGACUGACACUGGGACCGCUCGCUCCUUCCGCUGCUUCGAUGUGUCCGAGCUCAAGCGCCGCGUCCUGGCCGGCCUCUCUAAGAACCCCAACACGGACACGCAGUGGCGGUACUUGGUCCUGGGGGAAGCUUGCUUUCACCUCGGCCUCAUCGAAGAUGCCAUGGUUCUUCUCCAGACCGGCCGCCGCCUCGCGUCGGCGGCUUUCCGCCGCGAGAGCGUUUGUUGGUCGGAGGACAGCUUCUCAUCAUCGACUGUCGCCGCAGCUGUUGCCUCAGUGCCAUCGGGCAACGCUUCCAAGUCCGGGUCGGCGUUCAUCAUACCGGCCGUGGAGUCGGAGGCCAUGUCCCAGCUCCUGGCUCACGUGAAGCUCCUGCUCCGCCGCCGCACGGCCGCCAUGGCGGCCCUCGACGCGGGCCUCCCAGCGGAGGCCGUCCGCCAUUUCUCCAAGAUACUCGAGGCACGCCGUGGCGUGCUCCCGCACACCUUCGCCGCCGCGUGCCUCGUCGGCCGCGCCGCGUCAUUCCAGGCUGGCGGCCGCCCGGCAGACGCCAUAGCAGAUUGCAACCGUGCGCUGGCUCUCGACCCCGCGUACAUCCCGGCGCUCCGCGCCCGUGCCGAUCUCCUUCAGUCCGUGGGGGCGCUCUCCGAUUCCCUCCGUGACCUUGACCACCUCAAACUUCUGUACGACGCGGCGCUCCGUGACGGCAAGCUGCCGGGGCCCAGGUGGCGACCGCAGGGUGGCGUGCGCUACCGCGAGAUCGCGGGCGCCCACCGCAAGCUGAUCGCCCGGAUUCAGGGGCUACGCAGCCGCGCCGCCGUGGGCGAGGGGUGCAACAUCGAUUACUACGCUCUGCUGGGCGUGCGGCGCGGGUGCACGCGCUCUGAGCUGGAGCGCGCGCACUUGCUACUCUCGCUCAAGCUCAAGCCGGACCGCGCCGUGGUGUUCGGCGAGCGGCUGGAGCUGGUGGACGAGCACCGCGACCUGGAGGCGGUGCGCGACCAGGCCCGCAUGUCCGCUCUGCUCCUGUACAGGAUGCUGCAGAAGGGGUACUCGUUCAUCAUGUCGGCCGUGAUCGACGAGGAGGCCGCCGCUAGGCAGAGGGCGAAAGAAGCCGCGGCCGCCGCCGCGGCGUUGCCCAAGCAGCAACAACAAGCGUCGCCGAUACCGGAGAAUCCUCCCGUCGUAAACAGCGCCACCGCGAGGACAACGGCGAAACCAAAGGUGAAGGCUGCAGCGGCCGUUGCAACGGUGUCGUCCCAGGCGACGGCGCCGGUGUACCAAGGGGUGUUCUGCCGCGACCUGGCGGUGGUGGGCACGCUGCUGUCCCGCAGCGGGUUCGACCGCUCCCUCCCGGUGAAAUGCGAGGCGAUGAGCUGCUGAUGGCGAUGGGUUGCAGCCGCGCAGCCAGGUGCGAUCUGAUGCGGUUGGGACGAGGAACAGACAGAGGAAGCUGGCGGGAAAAAGCAGACGCGUUUGAAUUUAUUGGAUAGAACUCGCUAUUGUACAGUUUUGUGUUCUUGGAGGAAAAGAAAAAGGGGGCGACGCAUCUUGUCUUGUACUAGUAUCUCUUGUGUGGAGGUGAAUGAAAUUUUUUGGUUUCUUCUUGUUGAA